AUGGCGCUCUGGAAAGACCAGACUUCUCAGAUACAGAAUGAAGUCGACGAGGCGUCGCCCGGCUCCAACCAUGACUACGACCACGACCCGUUAACCGCACCGCUGAAGCGCAAGCUACACUCUCGGCAUCUGCAGAUGAUUGCUAUUGGAGGAAUCAUCGGGCCCGGUUUAUUGGUUGGAUCAGGGAAAGCCUUCAGCGAAGGCGGUCCAGCGGGCGUGCUCAUCAGCUUCUCGCUCGUUGGGAUUAUCGUUUAUUUCGUCAUGCAAGCACUCGGUGAAAUGGCGACCGCGAUCCCAGUCACCGGCUCCUUUACAGAGUACGCGCAGCGCUUCGUGGAUGACUCGCUCGCGUUCGGGCUCGGGUGGGCGUACUGGUAUCUCUGGGUGACGGUCCUCGCGAACGAGUACAACGCCGUCUCGCUGGUCAUAAUGUACUGGACCGAUGCGGUCCCGCAAUGGGCCUGGAUCCUCAUCUUCUGGAUUCUGUUUUUAGGGCUGGCGAAUUUUGGGGUGCGCGCGUAUGGCGAAAUGGAGUUUUGGCUGUCAUUAAUCAAAGUCCUCGCGCUCAUUGUUUUCUUCAUCUUGGCCAUCUGCAUCAGCACUGGCGGCAUUGGUGGCGACGUCAUCGGGUUCAAGUACUGGCAUAAUCCCGGAGCGUUUGCGGACUCGAUCAACGGCGUUGCCAGAACGUUUGUCGUUGCGGGGACAUUGUAUGCGGGGACUGAAAUGGUCGGCAUCACGGCCGGAGAAUCCAGCAAUCCCCAAAAGGCCGUCCCCAUCGCAAUCCGCCAGGUCUUCUGGCGCAUACUCGUCUUCUACAUCGGAACAAUGUUCUUCAUCGGCAUCUUGAUGCCCUACACCGAACCCCAACUUCUCAACUCCUCCUCCUACGGCGCAAACUCUCCCCUGACGAUCGCCCUCUCCUCCGCCGGAAUCCUCCCCGCCGCACAUCUCAUCAACGCCCUCAUCGUAGUGAGUGUCAUCUCGGCCGGGAUCGGCUCGCUGUACGUCGCGUCACGCACAAUCCUAUUCAUGGCGCGGAAUGGCAAAGCACCCAAGAUCCUGGGCCGCACAAACGCAGCCGGCGUGCCCUGGGUUGCGAUCAUCUUCUCAAAUAUCUUCACCUGCAUCGUCUUUCUGACGCUCGGCGAAAGCGCGGGGAAGGUUUAUAAUGCGCUGAUCACGCUAUCGGGAGUAGCCACCUUCCUCGUCUGGACGUCCAUCUGCAUAGCGCAUAUUCGCUUUCGGGCUGCCCUAACAGCGCAGGGUCAAUCGCCGUCAACGCUCCCCUUCCGGGCGGCGCUGUAUCCCUACGGGACUUAUUUUGCUCUGGUUCUCAAUAUCUUUAUGAUUUUUUUCCAGGGGUACACGGCGUUCCUGAACCCGUUCAGUUCGGACGACUUUGUGAUAAACUAUAUCCUCUUGCCGGUGUUUGUGCUGUUUGUUGUUGGUUGGAAAGUUUGGCAUAAAACGAAGAUUGUCAGACUCGAAGAUAUGGAUAUCUGGACGGGCAGGAGGGAGAGGGCGCCUGAGGUGGAAGAGAGCAGCAGGUGGAAAGGGAAGGGGUGGAGGGAGAAGGUCUGGAGGGGGGUUGUUGGGUGA